GUGCAGGUGAGCAGGCUGCGGCGCCGUCCGCCCACGCUCGCCUCCUCCGCCUAACUUGUGGUUGAAUCUCUGCAGGAGGAACCAUGAGGGCCGCACAGGUGAUUCCCGUGACUCUGCUGCUGGCGUUUGCAGCAAACGCUCAGGUCUUCAAGGCUGGACGAUGCCCCACGCCGGCAGUUCAGGCCAACUUUGACGCCUCCAGGUAUCUGGGGAAAUGGUUUGAGUUCUCGAGGCUGCCGACGACUUUCCAGGAGGGUCAGUGCAGCACCGCCUUCUACACCCUGAAGGCUCCUGGGGUCAUCGAGGUCCUGAACUCCGAGCUGCUGGAUGAUGGAACCGUCAACUCCAUCGUCGGUACUGCUAAAGUCAAAGACCCGGCUGAGCCCGCCAAGCUGGAGGUCUCCUUCUAUGAAGACACUCCCCCCGGCCCCUACUGGGUCCUCUCCACCGACUACGACGGCCACUCCCUGGUCUACGGCUGCACCGACUACGGCCUGUUCCACAUGGAGCUGUCCUGGAUCCUGAGCAGGGAGCGCACCCUGCCCAAGGAGACGGUGGAGGAGCUGCACGCCAUCCUGUCCUCCAUCGGCGUCAGCGUGGACAAGAUGCUGUCCACCGUCCAGGAGGAGGGCUACUGCCACGCCAUGGGGCAGUGAGGCGGCGAUCCGGACCCGUCUGCAGAGCGCCGGAAACACCUGCUGAAAUAAAACCAGACGAACCACC